CGCGCUCAGACGGGUGAGUGCGCGAGAGCAGUGUAUCGGUCUCUGUCGUCUCUGAACCUUUUUACUGCUAAUAUUCUCCUUUAAGAGACAUUCUGGAGAUGACUGACGACUGUACUCAGGAGCGCGAGUGGAAUGGAGAUGAAUUAGACGAGUCAGACGAUGACUCCGUAAGCUUGCUGUGUGAUCUUAAUGCCUGCCGAAGCAAAGGGGCAGCUGAGGACAUGGAAAUAAGUGAUUUAGAUUCACAAGUCUGCAACAAAGAGUCGAAAAAGAAAAGGAAGAUGAAUGGACUUGAACCGCCCGACCCAUAUAUAUCCAGUUGUAUCCAGUCUGCAGCAGGCCAUGCUCAUUCUACAGCUCAAUCCGCGAAUGCCUCGCAAUGUGUGAAAAUCCACAGCAAGAAACAACUUAACAAGAGAAAUGAAAAGGGAGAGACUCUCCUGCACAAAGCAUGCCAGAGAGAAGAUCUGGCACAAGUCAAAGCACUCAUUCAAGCCGGGAUCAGCGUCAACAUAGAGGACUACGCAGGCUGGACAGCCCUCCAUGAAGCUUGUGAUGCGGGUGAUGAGGCAGUGGUUGAGGAGCUGUUGAGGGCCGGAGCUAAUGUUAACGCUAGAAGCUGUGAUGGCGUCACACCCCUACAUGAUGCCGUUACCUCUGGACACUAUCAGGUAGUGAAGCUUCUACUCCAGUAUGGGUCAAACGCCAGUGACAAAAAUGUCGGUGGCCUCAGCGCACUGGACAUGGCGGAGGAGGACAAUAUCAAAGAGCUACUCUUAACUUUCCAAGCAUCUCCUGUCAUUCAUGAGCACCUUUGUGAGGCACCUGCACAGUACAGACAGGCAGGUGACACAUCCUCAAAGGCUCGCUGCCACAUGCAGCUCUCCUGCCAGAGCAGCUUCAGUCCCAGCCACAAUGACACGGCAAAUGCACAAUCCAGAGAAUCAGGUGACAGAGACGGAGCCAGAGAGCCCGGUGACAUUCAGCUGCGAAAGAAAGACACCACCGCUGAUAGUCUGAGUCAUUCGGUGGCCGUAACAGCGGUUUUGGAGGAUGUGAAGAGGAAACAAACCGAAAUCUCAACUUGGCCUCUGGCAGGUGUUGGUGAUACAGGAAUAUUUCUCUCUGCUCUGAUACAUGUCCAGAAUGUUCUGAUUGAAGUGCUCGCCAAACAGCAGUUGGAGAAGGAUAAUCUUGCCAAAAAAUGCCGGAGUGUGUCCGGCUUCCUUCGGCAACGUGUGCUGAGAGGUCAACUUGUCUCCAUCGCUUCACACCAGAGGACUUUGGUGGAGAUUCUCCAGAAGCAAAUGCAGUUGGUAGAAGUGUAUGUAACGGCAAAGGCCAAACUUUCCCCUCCAAACCAUGUGAGCAGUACCGUAGCGAAACUGCAUCAAGAUCACAGCUAUAGUCAAGAGAGUCAAAGAAAGGAAGGCCAUAGUACAGCAACACAGGCCCAACUGUUAAGAUCAGCUCCUCCAAACAAUGCCAAGAACCUUACAAUGCCCAGACCUCCUGCUUCAUUACUAACGCAGGGGAAGAAGAUGCUGACACAUGCUGAUGUGCUGAAUAAGCAAACCAGCAGCUGUCAGAGCAACGCCCUGCAACCGGGAAAUACUUCGCAAUACAUCAGCUUUCAGAUAAGAGGAAAUAAUGCCCUGAUACAGACAAGAGCUGAGGACAACAGCAGACAUCUCUCUAAGCUAAUACAGAGUGGAGUCAUGCAAACAGGAAGUACUCUACAGUUGUUGUUGAAGGGUCACUGGCACCUUGCUCGUGUGCUGUGUGAUAGCUCGAUUAAAGACAGUAAAGGCAAGUUGCACCUGGCUCCAGAACGCUGGCUGGAGUCUAUCCUCGGUAACAACAUCCCUGUCAGCUCAGCAUACGCUUGGAACAAGGUGACGUUCAGAGACAAACCUUUGUCUCAUUACUUAUUGAACAUGGAGACUGAAGGAAACACUCCACAGACAUAUCCUGAGGACGACGUUCAGCACCUGAAGGCCGUUUCUUCUUGGGAGAUGCUGACCACAGAGGCAUCCUGCUUGAGCCGUCUCAUGAAAAUCAAAAUAAUCCAUUUGGUGGAAGAUGACGAACUGCUGCCAAACGCUAGGCUGAACAUCUACUGGGAGAAGCUCUUGAAGAAAGACUAUUCAGAGUCUGAAGACUGGGGGAGUGAAUUAUUAUAAUGAUCUCUCCCCACAUUUUGACCAUAACGGUUUGAGAGUUUAAAGGACCAGUGUGGAGGAUUUAGCAGCGAAGUGGUGAAGUUGCAGAUUGUAAUCAUUUAAAAACAGCUCAGCCCUCCAGGUGUGUAGGAAAAAACUCUAAAAAGCCCCUGUUUACAGCCAGUGUUUUGUUCCCGUUCUGGGCUACUGUAGAAACAUGGCAGUUCAACAUAGCAGACUUUGCAUGAUAAACUGACUGUACUCACGAUUGGGGGGAGGGGGGGAGGUACAACAAAGGGUUGAAAAGUAUUAUAUGAGUUUGUUGUUCCUUAUUUGUACUUACGGUUUCAUGUUGUAACUGUUUAUGUCAGACAGCUUCAGCUCUAUUUGGCCAUGUGGAAGUAGUGUGUAGUUUCACACUCCAUGGAUACACACUAUAUCUCUAAACUGUCUGCAGUGCCUACAGUAUUUGCAUUGUUAACCGUUUCACUGUUAAAACA